AUGUCCGCAAAUUCUUGGAAAGUGUGUGGCCGUCAGAAAUCAACUACCGUACUUCCGUCAAUGGUCAUUGCUCAGAAUUUGGAUGAAAUCGAUGUGCAGGAUGUGAAGAUGACGACUUCAAUGGAUGAAAAAGGCAUUACUCGUCAGUACUGUGUGACGUGGAUUGAUUUGGAGAAGAAUAAGAAGACGUCAGAUGAGGAUGAUGAUCGGGAAUUCGUGGGUCUGAAGAUGACGUCAUCAAUGGCAAAAGUUCUCCCGGAUGCUGCCACAUGGAUUGCAUCGAACGUGCUACACAUGACAGACAAAAAUUGA